CACGCUGAGGUCUCAAGUUGCCAAUUGGACCCGAAGUGGGGCCACCCAAUCCGGGAUAAAAUUAGGAUUUUGCUGACACAGCAGGCGAGCGGCCCAAAACGGCCUGCGAGGAGGGCGAGCGCAAUGGCCGGAGAACUGACGGACCUGGUCUACUGGAGGAGCACGAGCAGGACCGGCGCGGUGUUGACGGGUUCGGUGCUGUGCUUGGCCAGCCUGUUCCAGCUGAGCGUCGUGACGGUGCUGUCGCACGUGUGUUUGGGCGUCAUGUGCGUCACUUUGCCGCUGCGGCUCUACUACAAGCUGCUGGAGGCGCUGCGCCGCAACCCCGGCGGCCUGCACCCCUUCCGGCACUUCCUGGACUCCGACGGCUCUCUGACGGACGAGGAGACGGCGACCCUGGUGGAGGAGUCGGUGCUGCUGCUGGCGUUCGCCGUAGCCGAGUUCAAACGGCUUCUCUUCGUCCGCGACGUGUUGGACUCGCUCAAGUUUGUUCUGCUGCUGUACCUGCUGACGUACGUGGGCGAGCUCACCUCUGGCCCGACUCUCGCCAUAACCGCUGUCAUUGCUCUUUUUUCUUUUCCUCUGCUCUACAAAAAACAGCAGGUAAGGAUAAGGAGGAUGCUCAGAGCUUGCAGAAGCGUUGAGAAGAAAAUCAAAAGCUGGAGUCUCGGGUUAUGCGACGCAGUCAGGUCGGCCCGCGUCCAAGCCGCCGCCGCCCCCAAGGGUGCCCCAAAUGCGCCAGCCUCCAAACACAAAGUGAAGGCAAAGUAAGUCGGCGGCGGCGGACGCUUGUGCCGCAUCCUCCGCCGUGACGUUGCCUUGGAGGGCGCCAUCUACUGGAUGCCGACAGCGCAAAACAAAGCCGCCACUCUUUAGGCAGUGGGGGGAGGGCAUUACUUCACACGUCCACUAGGGGGCGCUGUUUUGUUUUUCCUGUCAACAGCUCCUCCUGUUGACAUGCAAAAUGAAGGCUAGUGACCCCCCCUCCCCCCCAUUCCAGACAUCAUG